AUGGCUUCGGCCUCUGAGGCUGCUUCAUUGGCUGAGUUGAAUGUUCUUGCUGGAGUGGAGACGCUCAAGCAGAAGAGUGUUGUGUUGGAGGCGAUGCAGAAGGGCAUGCAGGUCCAUGGUCUUGUGUUUGAUGUUGGGAGCGGCGUCCUUCAGGAGCUGGACACCGGGGGAGGAUGA